GAUGAGGGUGUGACCGGCGGGAGGAGCGGCCUCUCUGUGAGCUCAUUUCUCAGGGCCUCCGCCCCCGGAGGAGGGCUUGGCCUGGCGCGGUCGUCGCGGAGAAGAAGACCUCUCAGUCGGAACGCGGGGGGACUAUGGAGCAGGGGCUGUCCGCUCUUUCCUUAUACUGCGCUCCAGUCGCUGCCGCCGCCGCCGCCGCCUACGCCAUGGAUCAGGAACAGCUAAAUACAAAUGGAGACAGAGGUUUUGAGAAUGUGGAACUUGGUGUCAUGGGAAAAAAGAAGAAAAUUCCAAGAAGAGUUAUCCAUUUUGCAAGUGGUGAAACCAUGGAAGAAUAUAGUACAGAUGAAGAUGACGAGCAGCAAGAGAAAAAAGACCUAUUGCCUUCUGUUGAUCCAGCAUCAUUAACAUGGGGUCCUUAUUUGUGGUUUCAGAUGCUAAGAGUAGCCACAUCAACACUCUCAGUGUGUGACUUCCUUGGUGAAAAAAUUGCCUCUGUUUUGGGCAUCAGUACACCAAAAUACCAAUAUGCCAUAGAUGAAUACUACAGAAUGAAAAAGGAGGAGGAGGAAGAAGAGGAAGAGGACAAAUUGUCAGAGGAAGCAGAAAGGAGAUUUCAAGAACAACAGAAGCAGAGCCAAGAAGGGAUGGCUGUUCAAACUGCCCAGCCAAGGGAUACAGCGUGUAGUACAUUUAUGAAUCUCAAUUUUGAAAGUGAAGAAGAGCAUCAGUCCGUUGUAGAAAGUAAACGGGAUUUUACUGUAGUGUCUGCUUAGAAUGACAUACAAUACCAUUUCUUGAAUUGCCAAACAUCUGUUGGUCCUUUUUGGCAUGUUUAGUGGCAUGUAAUUUAUUUAAAAAUAUGGCCAUGAGAGAGUUAUUAAUAUUAGUUUCUUCAGUCCAUCUCUGUCUAAUAAAGGCCAAAAUAUCUUAUUUCACCUGUUAUGAAAUGGAAAUAAAUGGGUUCUAUUUUGAUCUUUCUAUGCAGAAGUAAAAGGUCUUUCCCAAGCACCUGGUGCCUUCGUGAUAGUUAUGGACUGAUAACUAUGCUUUUAUGUUAUGUUUUUAUAAUAUUAUUUACUGAAAGCUAGAUGAAAAUUUUAAACUAACUGGAAAAUGUAUACCUUUGUGAUUUAGUCUAAUUGCACUGUUGCACAUGUUUAUAUGAACGUCCAGCAGUUAUCUAAUUCAUGUGGUUUUGUUAAUAUUUGCUAAAGUAAAUAAUGAUCUAAAAUUCAUCUAAAAAUUGAUAAAGGAUAAGUGUUGUAGGUCCAACAAAGAAGGAUCUAAAGAUUAUUAGUUGAUUGAUAUUAAAUCUCAGGCUUUGCAAAAUGUAAUAGAAAAAAAUCCCACUAUUCCAAAGAGUUGAUGCUUAGUCUACAUCAAUAUUAGAAGGUGAAUUGUUGAAUGUAAACACUGAGCAAAAUUUUAAAUGAAUGUGCUGUUCGUGAAAUAUGAUGAAUUAUUAGUACUGUAUUGUUCAUAGUUUCAUACAUGUACCUAUCACUAUUCCGACCUUAAAAACUGAACUUAGUCACAUGUAAAAUUCAACGUCUCGGAAAUAUGUAUUUUUAAUAGGAAGAACUGCCUAUUAUGACAAUUGUGAAUUUUCAAACUAAAAAUCUGUUUUUCAUCCUAAGAAACACUGAAAAUCUACUGUAAAUGGAAAUUUUCUGUAGGACAAUCCAUAAAACAUUUGUAACGUGAAGUUUAUAAAGAUCAGAGCUGAAUGGAUUGUGUGCAUGUGGCAUAAAGGGAGGUAUUCAGGAAAGUUGUUACGCUCCAUAAACUUUCUGGAUGUAAUUAAUUCAGUAGUUUACAUUGCCCCUUCAAUCUCUUCUUAAACAUAUACAUUUAUUUAAUUUAGCUGGAAUUUUAAAAGAAACUGCAAUACAUUAUAUAGUAUAAUAAAGUACAUGAAAAUGGCAAAGAUAGAGAAUAUAUCCUUUUGCCUUCAUUGUCAUCUGAUUGGGAGAAAUCUCAUCUAGUAUACUGCUCAUUUGGUACUUUUUAAAUGUUUGGACAGUUUCAAUAUAUGCAUCCAUUUUGGAUUACAAAAAUGAUAUAGUUGUCGGCUAUAAACUGUGUAACAUAAUUAUUCAAAUCACUGUACAGGAUAAAAAAGUUUUAAGGCAACAUAGUUAAUAAACUGGUUACCUUGUUC